CAACCCUGUAUGUGACUUUUCCAAGUUAGUUCAUUAGAAUUUCUCUGUUUCCAUUAUCCAUGGCAUCAUACAAAGCUUGCUGACUGAUAUUGUGAUAUUGUCUCUAUGUCCAGCUCAAAAUGUGGGACCAAUUAAGCCUUGCUUCAUCAAUGGGACCUGCAUCUGUUGAGCUUCUGGCUUCCGGUCUGGAUGGAUAUGUUGAUCAGGUGAAGCGUGUUGAGGAAUUAUUUGGGAAGAUUUGGCCACCUCCAAAUAUAUGAAGCAGUUUGUGAUAUGUUGUAAGCAUGUGCUAACUCUCGAGUAAGAGGAAAAUAUCAACUUUCAAUGGUGUUUCUCUUUCCUUAAUGUUAACCGCAAACCCUUUGUAUCUAUUAACCCUUUGUAUCUAUUAACCAGCGUUAGUGACCCAUGUUUAUGGUUAGAUGGUACUAAACACUAUUAAAAUACAAAGGUUCAGCAACAUGGAUCUAUUUUGUUGAAAGUCUCUUCUAUGUGGGCAAGAGUGCCUUUGCAUUGCUAGGUUCAGAGGUGAAGGUCUCGUGACAGUUGGAUCCCUUGGUAAAAGAAUUAGUGAGGGGUGAGGUAGUUUGUUCUUGCGGGUAAAUAUUUCAUUUUUACCCACAUGGUAUUUAAUGUUAUUUAAUGAUCGUUGGAGUACUUAACUGAAGUUCUCAAACAUAAACAACAAGGUAAAUC